CCCAUUAAUCGACAUUCACGUCUACAAGUUGAAAGCCACCCCUACGGUCAAUACGGUAGCCCGAUUGCUACUCAGCUAUUGUAGCUUGUCGGAGGGAGCCCAUGAAGUGCGCAACGCAUCAAUGACUGAUGAUGGCCAGGAAAAAUCUUCCUCAGACGGCCUCAGCGGCGGAAAAAGACCGAUAGCGUGGUCGCUAGGACUCCGGCAUCACCGGCGAAGCUUCCUCAGGCCACAGGGGUGCACUGGUUUACGAUUGUCACUCUUGGAGCUCUCAGCUGUCAUUAAUUACGAACCUUCUCUGAGGUUCGUGAAGCCAGGGGGAGCUGAGUGUAACGAGUGCACCUGUCAAGGGAAAUAAAGAAAAUAUUGUUGGGGCCAAGGAUCAAAGUUACGGGACCACAGAGGCUGGAGAGAGGCGUAGCACACGGAUCAAAAUAACAAACACAAGGCUGAAUGAUUUUGUCGUUUAACAGCAAGUAAUAUAUUAGCUAUGCAAGGGUGAUGGUUAGGAGGAAAUAUCCGACUCCUCUCUUUCUUCUCUAAGAAUUUUCUGGCUACUUUAUCCUGUAAUUCCUCCAUGUCUGGACUGCUUUUACUUUCUUGUUCUCUCUGGAACUGCUUACUAUAAAAAUAAUUUACAUUGCCCUCAUUAUAUUUGAGUUGUUUUACUCUAUUAAUCUGCUGCCACCCCCAUAUCGUAACAUUUGGUGCUUUCAUCCUUCGAACUCAUGGCGGAGGGCAUUAGGAUUAAAGAGCUUGCCGAAAGCAUGAACAAAUUGAUGGAGAUGUUAGAGGCGGACAAGCUGGAUAACAGAGCUCGAUUUGAAACAUCGGAAAAUGCAGUUGACGCCUUGCUGAAGCAGAACUUGGAGCCUGGUGUGAAUCAGAUAGCUAAUGUUUCAGGUAACCAUUCCGAUGGAGGAUCUUCUUCGCACCAACCAUUUCGGGUGCAUAAUGUGAAGCUAGAGUUUCCUCGUUUGGAUCUGGAGUUUUACAAUGGAUUUUCAAGGCUGAGCAAUUCUUUGACUAUUACAAUACUCCUGAUAAUCAACGACUUACCAUAGCAACGAUUCAUAUGGAAAAGGAGGUCGUUCCUUGGAUCCAAAUGACUAAUAGGUCUACUCCCUUCCAGUCUUGGAUUGAUUUUACUCGGGCUUUAGAAUUGGAGUUUGGCCCUUCACCCUAUGAAAGUCCGAGAUCACUGUUAUUCAAGUUGUCACAGGUAGGCUCCGUUCAGGAGUAUUAUACUCAAUUCACUGCUCUGGCCAACCGUGUACAAGGCGUCAGUAGAGAAGCUUACUCGAUUGCUUUGUUGGAGGACUUAAAAAUGAUAUUCAGCCUGAGGUAAUAGCCCAAUCCCGACUACUUUGCUUAGAUGUGUAUCUCUAGCCAGUUUAUUUGAGGAGAAAUAUGUUUCUAAUAAUAAACCAUAUCAAAAUUCAUACCAAAACCGUCUGCAAACAACAAGCUCUACCAACCACCUAAACAUAUCCCAAACAUCCUCACAAUCUUUAAAAUCUACAAGCCUUCCACCGUUACUUCCAAAACCUGCCACUAAAUUCAGUUUUAAUGUCCCCAAAUCAGCAAAUGUGAAGAAAAUAUCACCGGCUGAAAUGCAAGUCAGAAUAGAUAAAGGUCUAUGCUACACGUGUGAUGAAAAUUUUUCUGCUUCUCAUAGAUGCCCUAAUAAGCAAUAUCUUUUGUUGCAAAUCGAGGAAGAAGAGAUUGAAAUCCAAUCUGAUCAACCAAUGGCACAAGAGGAUGACAUGAUACAGGAGAGUCUAGAGCAUCAUUUAUAAUACAAUGCUUUUAAGGGUGCCUCCAUCCUGGGUACUAUGAGAUUUAAAGGUACCAUUAAUGGCAUGGUAGUUCAAAUCUUACUUGAUAGUGGGAACUCAGAUAAUUUUCUGUAGCCGAGAAUUGCUCAUAGUUUGAAAUUGCUAGUGGAACCUGCUUCCAAUUUCCAUGUACUAGUAGGGAAUGGUAAUUCUCUAUUUGGAGAAGAAGUGGUGAAACAGGUUGAGGUUAUAGUGCAGGGUCAUUCACUAAAGUUCCCAGUUUAUCUACUACCUAUUGCGGGGGCCAAUUUGGUGUUAGGAGCUACCUGGCUGGCCACAUUGGGUCCUCAUAUUUCUGACUGCAGUAAGCUCACAUUAAAAUUUUACAAGGAUAAUGAAUUUGUCACCUUGCAUGGAGAUCAACCUAAACUUCCGGAGCCGGCUCAGUUUAAUCAAUUGAGGAGAAUACAACACACACAGUUCAUUGCUGUAAUAUUUAUCUUGCAAUAUAAGGAAGUGGAUGUUCCCCACGAUAAUGUUAUGGUCUUACCUGAAGACAUGGAACCAGAGUUGAAAAGGUUGUUACUUAAUUAUAGACAUAUUUUUGGUGUCCCUAUAGAUUUUCCACCUCCCAGAUCUCAAAACCAUGUCAUUCCCUUGAUGAAGGAUGCCAAACCGGUGAAAGUAAGGCCAUAUAGAUAUCCUCACAGUAAAAAAUUGCAAAUUGAAACUAUGGUCAAGGAUAUGCUUGUUUCAGGGAUCAUUAUACCAAGUAAUAGUCCAUUUCCAUCUCCUAUCAUCUUGGUCAAGAAGAAGGAUGGCACACGGCGGUUUUGCCCAGACUAUAGGGCUUUCAACGCCACAACCGUAAAAGACAGUUUUCCCAUUUCAACUAUUGAUGAGCUUUUGGAUGAAUUAUUUGGCUCCAAAUACUUCUCCAAACUGGACCUUAGGUCCGGGUACCACCAAAUCUUAGUCACGGAGGAGGAUAGACACAAAAUAGCUUUCAGAACUCACCAAGGACAUUAUGAAUGGUUAGUAAUGCCGUUUGGGCUUACCAAUGCUCCGACAACAUUUCAGAGCUUAAUGAAUGAAGUUUUCAAAGACUUUCUUCGUAAAUUCGUUUUGGUUUUCUUUGAUGAUAUACUAGUUUACAGUUAUAUUUGGGAAGAACAUCUUUUACAUUUAGAAAAUGUCCUCUCGUUGCUUCAGAAACAUCAGUUAUUUGCUAAGCUGUCUAAAUGCUCUUUUGGAAUGAAACAUGUGGAUUACUUGGGUCAUACAAUUUCAGGUCAAGGGGUGGCAAUGGACAACGCUAAGGUGCAAGUCAUUCUAGACUGGCCAACUCCGGGUAACAUCAAAUAGUUAAGGGGUUUUUAGGGCUCACUGAAUAUUAUAGAAAAUUCAUUAAAUCUUAUGCUAGUAUUGCAGCUCCGUUGACGAAUUUGCUGAGAAAAGAUAGUUUUGUAUGGGGCGAAGAGGCAAAUGAAGUUUUCAUCAAGUUGAAAGAAGCUAUCACUAAAGCCCCAGUUUUGGCAUUGCUUGUCACGCCUCGAACCUACCCGAACACGUCAACAACCCACCGUACAGUACAAAUAGUCAACCACAGUCCAACUCAUCCAUACUAUACAAGGCGUCUUGAAUACCAUUCACACAUAGUACAUCCAUAAACAAACAUAAUGUAAAAUAUUCAUUUAAAGCAGCGGAAAUAGUUAAUACAAGUGUUCAAGCAACACUUGGCAUAAUUAGGCAUACAAGCCCCCAAAAAUAAUUAUUCUGAAAAUAAUACCCAUGAGCAUUAUUAUAAUUGUUUUUGAAACAGAAACAGAGGAAGCACGAACCACGUCUUCUCUCCUAGAUUUUCCCGAAGCAACGGGCACUGGUAGCAAGCUCAACUUCUACCUGAAACUGUGAGGUGGCCUCCCCCGUGAAGGGGAGGUCAGUACUUGGAAGCAUUUGACAAGUACAAUGACAACUAUACUAAGUAUAAUCAACGAUUCAAUUUCUAAGACCCUCAGUCUAGGGUGAUAUCAUAUUAUAUUAUAGACCAUAACCCUCGGUUACCCUGUUUGAAAAUGUACUUACUUUAUGUAUAAAGUCAAGCAGUCGGCCCGUGGGCCGUAUUCACUUUGAAACGUCCACCCCUGUUUCCCCGUGACUAUUAGUCACGAUUGUCAUAACUUUCAGUAAGUUACUUUUACCGUCAAGGGGAAUUUGUCAAUUUCAUUAAUUAGUCAUCUUGGAGCCUCGCUCAAUCUUAUUAUUAUAUCGUGCUAGAGUCUCGCUCUUAGUCGUCCUACGUCGUACUAGAGCCUCGCUCUUAGUCGCUCUAUGUUUCACAAGUUCACCCCCCCUUAACAAGAAUUCUGUCCCCGAAAUUCACGUCGUCAUUUCGUUUUAACCGGUGUCAAUCUAUCCUUAGAGUACACAUUUCUCCAAGUCUCUACGUUGACGUAACUAGUUGGAUUAAGUUCUUUGGCAUGUGAAUCCGACAAUUCUCACCCAAGGUGAAUCAUUAUUAACAAUUUUCAUUAACCUUUAACUUGAAGGUUCCCUAGUACCCUUAUGGCAUAUCCCGUUUUAAAACAUACCUACUUACAUACAAUUAUGUAGCCGGCCGUGGGUCCGCGUUCAUUUAGAAACACCCUUCCGUAUUCGCCGUGACUACUAGUCACAAUUAUCGUAAACUCAUAGUAAAUCAUUACGCAUUUCUAGGGCUUACCCUAUAGCUGCCGACUCACUGUCUCCAUGUUUCCUAUUAGCAUUCUCUCAACCUAAGCUGGAAUUGAUCCCAGAAUUAAGGAAAGCAGUAACAAAAGAUUCACAAUUGAGUAGUGUUUUACAACUUUGUUUGCAAAACAUGCCACCUAAUGCAAAUUACUCAGUAGUGGAUCAGUUAUUGUAUCGGAAGGGUCGUCUGGUUUUACCGAAGGGGCAUGACUUAUUUAUGAAGAUUAUGAGAGAGUUUCACAGUACCAAAUUGGGAGGACAUGCUGGUUUCACAAGAAAAUUACAGAGAAUAGCAUCUGAAUUCUUUUGGCAAGGAAUGCAUAAGGAUAUCAAGGAUGAUACAACCUUGCCAACAGGCUAAGCAUGAUACAACCUUGCCUUCUGGAUUGCUGGAACCGUUACCCGUUCCAACUCAAAUUUGGGAAGACAUAGCUAUGGAUUUCAUAACUUGCCUUCCAGCUUCCAAUGGACAUACAGUCAUUAUGGUCGUCAUUGAUAGGCUCUCUAAGUAUGCCCAUCUUGCUAGCUUGAAGUCUGAUUUUAAUAGCAUACAAGUUGCAGAGUUGUUCAUUAAAAAUAUAUUCAAGCUGCAUGGUUUUCCAAAGUCAAUACUAUCCUAUCGAGAUAAGGUUUUCACUAGUCAAUUUUGGCAACGGUUGUUUAAAUUGAGUGACACAUCAUUGAAACUUAGCACUGCUUACCAUCCUCAAACAGAUGGUCAGUCAGAGGCUUUAAAUAAAUGCAUUGAGAUGUAUUUAAAGUGCUUCACAUUUGACAAUCCAAAAGAGUGGGUUAAGCUAUUGCCAUGGGCUGAAUAUUGGUAUAAUACUGCUUACCAUCACAGUAGCGGACUGACUCCUUUCAAAGUGGUGUAUGGGCGAGAGCCACCAUCAAUAGUAAAAAACAAUUGCGACAAUCAGGACCCUCCAAGUGUGCAAGAACAAUUAUUACAGAGAGAUGCUACUCUGAGUAAACUGAGGGAGACAUGGCAUAAAACAUAGAUGUACAUGAAGAAAUAUGCUGAUCAAAAGCAAAAACCAUUUCAGCUGGCUCUGGGUGACAAGGUACUUGUGAAGUUACAACCUUAUCGUCAGCAUUCAGUGGCAUUGCGAAAAAAUCAGAAGUUGAGCCUGCGAUACUUUGGGACAUUUCAAGUGAUUGAAAAAUAGGAGAAGUCGCUUAGAAACUUCUUUUGCCACCGGGUGUCCGAAUACAUCCGGUUUUUCAUUGUUCUCAGCUGAAAUUGUGCAAGGGAGAUCAUGGUCAAGCUUUUAUACCGCUGCCCAUUUCAACUUCAUUACUAGGCCCCGUGUUGCAAGCAGAAUCAAUUUUACAAUCAAGAACUAUUAUUACAAAUAAUCAGCAGAAACAACAAUGCCUGGUAAAAUGGGAAAGGUCUGGAAGAGAAUCAAGCUACAUGGGAAGAUACUACAGCUAUACAACUUGCUUUUCCUGAGUUCAACCUUGAGGGCAAGGUUGUGGUUAAAAGGGAAGGUAAUGUAACGAGUGCACAUGUCAAGGGAAAUAAAGAAAAUAUUGUUGGGGCCCAGGAUCAAAGUUACGGGACCACAGAGGCUGGAGAGAGGCGUAGCACAUGGAUCAAAAUAACAAACACAAGGGUGAAGGAUUUUGUCUUUGAGCAGCAAGUAAUAUAUUAGCUAUGCAAGGGUGAUGGUUAGGAGGAAAUAUAUGACUCCUCUCUUUCUUCUCUAAGAUUUUUCUGGCUACUUUAUCCUGUAAUUCCUCCAUGUCUGGACUGCUAUUACUUUCUUGUUCUCUCUGAAACUGCUUACUAUAAAAAUAAUUUACAUUGCCCUCAUUAUAUUUGAGUUGUUUUACUCUAUUAAUCUGCUACCACCCCCAUAUCGUAACACUGAGGCUGGCGAACGCUUCGCGACGAAGGCGGAGAACGACGCUGCUAGCGACGGUGAUGGCCGGAAAAGCUAGGCGAUUUUUAUCUGUCCGUGAGCUCUUGGUGGAGCACGACGGUGGUAUGGACGGCUGCUCAGGCCAUGGUCUGCCAAAUUCCAGAUCUGGACUUCAUCCCUUCUUCUUUUCCCCCAAAUCACAACUUAAUCACACGUUUUCAAAACAUUCGGAGUAUCAUUUAUAAUGUAAUGUGUCGCAUUUAAUCAUCUAAAUAUACACUGUACAUUAACUUUACUUACAAAUUGUUCAUAAGUAUUGUUGGGAUAUGUUAUCCCAGCCUAUUCCUAUUCAGGAGUCCAAGGCAUUACUUAGUACAAAGCUCAAUCAGUGAGGCCGAUUUCGACCCAUUCAGCUCAUUCGGCCCAUUUUGGCCCAGCAGGCUCACCUUGGCCCGUUUGGCCCAUUACGGUAGAAUGCACCCCCUUCCCCCUUUUUCCUAUAAAUAAAUAGGGAGCUUUGUCUCCAUUUGAAGGAUCCCCUUUUGGCUCCUCAUCUCUAGAAACUUAGUGACUCCAUUAAUGGGAGCUUGUAUUUGUGCAUUGUAAUGGUGAAGAGAGUCUAAUGGAAAUGAGAGGGCUUGAAUAUUAGCCUAAAAAGUCUCGUGGUUUUCUCCCUUUCAGGUUUCCACGUGAAGAUCGAGAGAUCAUACAAA